AUGAAUCGUCAAGCUUUCUCUUUUGAAAUUUCCUCUCCAAGAACGAGAAAUGGCGAGCUCACAAACCAUCGACCGAGUUGUCGUUCACCCCAUCGUGUUGCUUAGUGUUGUAGAUCACUAUCACCGCUUAGGCGGAAAUAAGCGUACUGUUGGUGUGCUGCUCGGUGCCUAUCGUGGCAAUGGAAUUUUAGAUGUGUCGAAUUCUUUUGCUGUUCCGUUUGAGGAGGAUGCCAAGGAUCCUUCCAUUUGGUUUCUAGACCAUGACUACCUGGAGAAUAUGUAUCGCAUGUUCAAAAAGGUGACUGCAAAGGAGAAAAUUGUUGGAUGGUAUCACACUGGACCUAAGCUCAGAGUCAACGAUAUUGACAUUAAUCAGUUGAUCAACAAGUACUGCUACACGAACAACUCGGCUUUGGUGAUCAUAGAAGCGCAGCCUACAGGUGUCGGCCUACCAACUGAUGCGUAUGUUGCUGUCGAGGAAGUCCAUGAUGAUGGAUCUCCAGUAAACAUGACUUUCACUCAUGUUGCAAGUGAGAUGGGUGCUGAAGAAGCCGAGGAGGUUGGUGUGGAGCACCUACUGCGAGAUAUCAAAGACACAUCCGUAGGCAAUCUGUCUCAUGUGAUCUCAUCACAGUUGCUGGCACUGAAGGGUCUCCAGAAAUCGUUGGAUACGAUACGCGUCUACCUAACAAGAGUCGUCACCAGUGAGCGUCCAGUCAAUUUUGCUAUUCUCAACAACCUGCAAGACAUCUUUAAUCUGUUACCGAACCUCAGCGUAGACGACCUGGCAAAGGCACUCACAGUCAAAACGAACGACCAGAUGUUAGUGCUGUACCUCGGCUCACUGGUGCGCUCUGUCAUUGCACUGCACAACUUGCUGGAUAACAAACUGAAAGUCCGUGCUGUUGAUGCGCAAGCAUAAGCUCCACAGUAACUCAGUAACUCCUCUCAUCCUGAAUUUAUGCAUUCCCGCAUUUUAUCCUAGUUUUAGCCGUACUCCGUGACAUCAGACAUCAGGCAUGUAACAUUACUCAUUAGUAUUUGAACAGGUGCUUCACACGUUUUGUGUUAUUCGAAUUUCUCAUUGAUUUGUGUGAUUUUAUGUUUUUCACAUGGAAUGAAUUAUGAUUUGUCAGAUAAUGAAUGCACUACAUGACUGUACAUGUAGUAUCAAAGUAAAAAGCCAACGUGCAGUUCUUAAAAAAUGUACAAAGUUAGAAUAACGAUCUUUUUUUAAAAACCUGUACAGCUGAUUUUUUCAUGUUUUUGGCAGAAGAAUUUCCUAGCUGCACAUACAUUAUACAUAUUUUCUGUUGUAAAAAUCACCACAAAAACUGGACUGGUA